UGUGACGUCGGCGGAGGCUCCACCGGUGACUUCCUGGUCAGAGACUGAGUGUCACAGAGACGUAGCACUGAGAGACUAACACUGAAAGAGACUGUUACAGAGAGAGCUGGGGACAGUGACACAGACACAUGAGAGAGACAGCUCCUGAGACUGCUGGGUCAGCCCUGCAUGGCCACUGAUACCUUAGAACCACACUGACUGACAUAGGCAGGAUGACAGGACCAUCACAGUGUGUGACACCAUGUGACAGACAGAUAGCAGGCUCACAGACAUAGUGUGACAUCCCCCGGGAGAGAGUGUAAGAGAGAUGCACUGAGCAUGGACGCCAGGACCAGGGAGAAGCCGGAGAGAACGUUUGAUUUGGUGAUUAAAGUGGAAUGCCCAGCAUCUGAAAAUGAAGACCCAGUUCUGCUUUGGAAGUUCCCGGAGGAUUUCUCAGACCAGCAUGCUGCACUGUAUAAUUAUGCUGAGUAUCUAUACUUUCCUUACAGGGUUACUCAGACGCAGAUGGGGCAGCAUUUCACCUUCGUUCUUACAGACAUAGAGAGCAAGCAGAGGUUUGGUUUCUGCCGACUGACAUCCGGGGGGAAAAUCUGCCUUUGUAUCCUAAGUUACCUCCCUUGGUUUGAAGUUUACUACAAGUUGCUAAACACUCUGGCUGACUAUCUGGUGAAGGAGCAGGAAAAUGACCUGAAUGAUAUGUUAAAGUCAUUGUACACUCACCCAGUGCCUGACGCCCACACCCCUGUGAGCCUGAGUCUGAACCAGCAGCUGUUCAUUUCCAGUGAUGUGGCUGUAAAAACCGAGCCCUGUCCUCUGCUGCACUCGUAUUUCAUUACUCCUGACGUAACGGGUCUGCCGACAAUCCCUGAAAGUAGAAAUCUCACAGAGUAUUUUGUGGCUGUGGAUGUGAAUAACAUGCUCCAGAUCUACGCCAGUAUGCUGCACGAGCGCAGGAUCCUAUUCACCUCUAGGAAGCUAAGCACCUUAACCGCCUGUGUUCAUGCCUCAGCCUCCCUAUUGUACCCUAUGUACUGGCAACACAUAUAUAUCCCUGUGCUCCCCCCGCACCUCCUGGAUUACUGCUGCGCUCCAAUGCCUUAUCUUAUUGGCGUCCACUUCAGCCUCAUAGAGAGGGUGCGGAGCCGUUCGCUGGAUGAUGUGGUCUUACUGAACGUGGACACAAAUACCCUGGAGACUCCAUUUAAUGAUCUCAGUGCCUUACCCAGCGAUGUGGUGUCAUCUCUAAAACACAAGCUGAAGAAGCAGUCUACAUCAUCAGGUGACGGGGUGUCCCGGGCGUUUCUGAGAGCCCAGGUUGCACUGUUUGGGUCGUACAGAGAUGCGCUACGAUACAAGCCCGGAGAGCCCAUAUUGUUUUCUGAGGAGAGCUUUGUGGCACAGCGCUCAGGCACCAUGAAACAGUUCCUAGAGAUGGCUCUGAACCUACAGCUUUUCAAGCAGUUUAUCGAUGGGCGGCUUGAGAAGUUAAACGGCGGCCGUGGGUUCUCUGAUAUCUUCGAGGAGGAAAUCACCUCAGGGAGCACAAGAUCCUACCAGCAAUGGAAGCAAACCAUGAAGAAGGGAGGAGCUCUGAUUAACACUGCAGUGGUUAAGGCUACACCAGCCAUGAGAAACGCCUACAAAUUUGCAAAGAACCAGGCCAGGCAGGGAAUCAUGGAAGUUAAGAACAAGCUAAAGUACAAGGACAUGGAAGAAGAUUUGGGGCAUAAUUUGGAAUCUGAUCACUCACUCAUGUUCCCAUCAAAUCACUCGAAGAGCCUGGACAGGAGGAAACUGUCACAGACAAGGAAGCACCGACCGCUGACCUACAAUACUGGGCUGGACGACUUUGAUGUGGGAGAUUCCUCAAGCAAGUUUUCUUCUGAGGACAGUGAAGAAGCAUCAGGAGGUUUCUGUGACAGUGACAACUCUUUUGAUGAUGUCAGUUUGUCCUCAAGGCCAGGGGGAGAGAUGGAUCUUCUGGGGGAAAUCCUGGACUCUCUGAGCACACACAGCUCUGACCCGGGCGGAGGGCGUCUAACUGCAGCAAAGAGCCUGGACUUCUUCCGCUCUAUAGAGGAUUUGGACUACAAGAACAAACCAAGUGCACCCAGCGAGGACAACCUCAGUGCGCUUUGCAGGGAGAAGAAUUGGAAUGUGGGGCAAGAUGACAGUAUUCUGUACAGGAAACACCUCUAUCCCUCCUCUCACAGGCGAAACCAAGAGCAUCAUUUGCACAAAGACUACGAUCGACCACGCUCUGAAUUUCCGGUUAUUGUACUUAAUGAAGACUCUGGUGAGUCUCUGGGACACCGCAGCUUGAUAUGUUCUGUGCAGGAGGUGCACGCGGGACCUAAAACUAGAAGCCCUAAUAUGCAGCAUUCUCCUAAGAGCCCUCACAAGGUACCGGCCAACCAAGUGCCCUGGGAGCUCCAGGAACACACCUGGCCACACGGUAACACCAACUCACUGAGCAAGGCUCCGGCAUCUCCCACGGACAGCGAGGUGACCCCAUUGUGAUCUAUAACAGGUCACCAGACGUUCCCUUUACAGGUCUCAAUACAUUUCUUGUCACACUUUGCUGCACCACCAAAUACACCAACUGGCGCUAAUAUACUCAGCACUGGAACAGAUGUCAGCUCUUUACUUACAGUUUGUAGCCAAGGAUUAAUGUUUAUUUGUAGCUUUUUAAAACGUGUGUACACUGGUGCUGCUGAAAGCGAUUCUUCCCAUUGUUUGUGUCUGUACCCCAGAGACCUGCAUAUAAACAGAGUAUUUCUCAUGUUGUUUCACAAAUCUCCGAGUUUUCGGUACAACUGACCAGCUGUCUGGUCACAGGCGAACGGGUCGGUACGUUAACAUAAGACCUAAUGUUCUGCUAUGGACCGUGUGUACGGGGCAUAGACUGGUCAAUCAUGGUACUAAGCACUGGAGGGGUUAAUGACGCCUGGGGUAGCUGUGUACACUGUGUAUGGUUUUAUUUUAUAUAAAUACAAAUUGGAUGGACAAGUAAAUUAAAACGAGUCCAGCUUAGCCAUGAAAGCAACGAUUUUGGUUUGAAUGCUGACCGGUACAGAGCCUAGAAUUGUCUGACAUUUGCAUUGGUAUGAAGUGAUUUUGUGUUGCUAAAGUUUAUAUUUAUAGAUUUUGUUAAAAGGGAAUCUUAAGUAAAAUGAUCAGUAUGUUCCAUGUAACUUUAUACUAACAGACCGUGCAUAUCUGCAUAUGCCAGGGGGAUAUUCAUCCAACUGCAAUAUUAUAUUGUUAUAGAAUUUUAAUGAUUUCCAUUCCAAUUUGUUUUAUUUACAUUUGGAAAAAUAUAAAAUUUAUUCUGAGGUGAAUAUGUAGAACUUUCAUGGAAAUAAGUAGCGGAAACUGGACAGCGCUACAAUGUAUGUGUGCACCUUACAAGUAAUAUUAAUAUUAACUCUACAAAUAACUGAUAAUAAUAAUAUGUUGGAGAAUUAUAUUCCAACAAAAAAUUGAAAUAUAAUAACUAAUUACUAAACAAUGCUGGAGUCUGGUUCAGAGUACACAGGUAUCUUAUAUCACAGAGCAAUCAGAAAGUGAAGCAUCUAAGUGUCACUCCAGAUUAACAAGUUAAUAUUAAGGGCACCCUCUGUGACACAUUAUAGUAAUACUGAUGCACAACAGCGCAGCAUGUAGACGAUAUAUUAAUAUUAUGUUCAGAAAUAAUCUCUAAUGUCUACUUAAAAUUAUUGUAUGUUGUACUGUUACCUGACUUGUACUGUUACCUUGACUUGUAAUGUUACCUGACUUGUCAUGUUACCUGACUUGUCAUGUUACCUGACUUGUCAUGUUACCUGACUUGUCAUGUUAUCUGACUUGUCAUGUUACCUGUCUUGUAAUGCUACCUGUCUUGUAAUGUUACCUGUCUUUGUAAUGUUACCUGACUUGUGAUGUUACCUGACUUGUCAUGUUACCUGACUUGUCAUGUUACCUGUCUUGUAAUGUUACCUGUCUUGUAAUGUUACCUGUCUUUAUAAUGUUACCUGUCUUUGUAAUGUUACCUGACUUGUCAUGUUACCUGACUUGUCAUGUUACCUGACUUGUAAUGUUACCUGACUUGUCAUGUUACCUGUCUUGUAAUGUUACCUGUCUUGUAAUGUUACCUGUCUUUGUAAUGUUACCUGACUUGUCAUGUUACCUGACUUGUCAUGUUACCUGACUUGUCAUGUUACCUGUCUUGUAAUGUUACCUGUCUUUGUAAUGUUACCUGACUUGUAAUGUUACCUGACUUGUAAUGUUACCUGACUUGUAAUGUUACCUGACUUGUCAGCAGAGGGAGUUAAAAUGUAUUUUGCUUAUUGUAAUCUGAGCUGGACAAGUUGUCAGAUUGAAGAUACAUAGGAAUCUAAAUUGAACAAACUCCAUGAGCCGUUGGCCACUUGCUGUUUGUCAGUAAAUGCAAAACUUGAAAUCCACUUAAAGGGACACUUUUCAAAUAAAGAUUCAAAGAGAACAAAGAAAAAUUGGUAAUAGGAGUUAAUUAGAAAGUUGCUUAAAAUUGCUACUCUAUCUGGAUCAUGAAAGAAAAAAUGUGGGUUUAGUGUCCCUUUUAAACGUAAAGAGGAAAACUGGAAAUGAUAUAUUCUCUGGAAUUUGUGAGCAGGUGUUUAUAACACGUAAAAGGGAUUUUUCAUACGUAUUUUUUAAUUUAGCUUAAUGAAUGGCGGUUUUACUAGAAAAUACAUUUUAGUGCCAUUGUAUUGACCUCUAGGGAAUAUUGUGAGGUUUUAUGCUACACUGUAAUAAUAUGUUUGUAAGUUAUUAUUUUGUGUAUUUGUACACUGAUCAUAUAGUACAUAUUGCAGGUCUGAGCACAACUCUAACAAGGACGGUACAAUCCGAUAUUUGUUUGUUUAAUGCAGACAAUUACUUGUCUGAUCCAUAUGUCACACGUCACCUCCUGGUGGGGUUAAAUAAGUGAUACACCCUGAACUGCAUGUAACAAAUGUGUGAGCUGAUUCUGUAGCUUUUAACCCCUCUACUGCCGGGGGCUGCAAUUUAUAGCUUUUCUCUCACUGGCAUCCAAGGUGUUAAACUGAAGCAAACUCACGCUCCAUAUUUACUCAAACCAAACACAGUGACUUAUGCAGCCUGCUGCUGUCUCCUGUGUUACAGCAAAUCCAGCUGUGUUUAUUGAUCACUUUGCCUUAGCUGAUGUCCGUAAAUCACUGUACACAGUACUUGCUAUAGAAUAAUAUUUAGCUAGUUGAUUGUAUUAUUUAUCUGUAUAUAUGUCACAGGACUACUGUAAGUGUGCAGGGGACAGAUGUCCCACAUGUUCCUCUGUAUCUGUCUGAGCCUAAACUGUAUCAUCCUGAUGAUAACCCCCAGAAGAUCUGCACUGUACGUUACCUUGCAUCAGUUUUGUUAGAACCAUUCUCACUCCUUUUAUAAACACAGAACAGUUGUCACACAAUCAAUAUAUCUGUCACAUCAUCUGUUGAACUUCUUUAGAUGUGACCACCGCGUGUCCCUGCUUAGGAGAUGGUUUCUAGCAGAAACAUCAUAAGCUCUGGCACUCAGGUUAGUUUGACAGAUGACUAUCUUUGUCUGAGUGCAAGUGUCCCCAUCUCUGGGUGACUGAAGUAUUGACAGGGAACUGUUAUCUGUGGGUUAUUUAACUGUUAUGGGCAUCAUAAUAUAUGGAAGAUAAUCUCAGUGUUAUUGUUACCAGAUUAUCCAGAAUAUCCAGAGUAUGAAACUCGCCUGAGAUUCACACUCCUAUCCAAAAAGUAUCUGCUCACACGUGAGCUUAACAUCUGGUGAAUUAGCAGCUAUGACGGACUCCAGCACUCCAGGCAUAAUUCUAACAGAUUUACCAGGUAGGAUUUGAAUGGUGGCAAAGCUGGAUUCUCAUAACAGGAGAAUGAAGCUAAAGGCAGCCAGAUAAUUAAUCAUUUAAACAUCAGUUAUUAUGCUAUAUUUCUCUUCAUUAUACAAAUGCAAUGCAUUUUGGCUGUGACUGCAUUAUCUCAAACCGUAAUUCAGCAUUCCAUACAUUUAGUGUUAGGUCUUGUGAGUGCUUUAUCAAUGGUGACAAAGCACCAGGUCAGCUAUCAGAGCGUAAAUAGUGCAGCGGCUCCCAAUGAAUAUAGGUUUGUUACAGUGGUUGGGAUUAUGUUGGGGGGUUGGGUCAGUACUGUGAAGGAUAGUAAUACUGUGACAUGGUCUUAGGGUUAAUAGUUCUGGGAUAGUAUCAUGGUUAGGAUUAAUAGUGAUAGAUAUACAGUAGGUUAGGGUUAGUUGUGCAGAGGCAGGGCUGGCAGGAUUAAGGGUCAUUUGGAGGGCAAGAAAAAGAGGGUUUAGGGUUAAUUGCUCUUGAUUGGUCACUGGUGGAUGAGGUUAAUUUGAUGUGGGGGGGUUGCAAUGACUUUAACACAGGUUCCUAGAUGGUGUAGAUACCCAUAUUAUAGCAGAUGAGGCUAGUAGCACACUGGCAGCUGGCAAUAAUAACAAUUGGGUGCUGCUAAUAUAUAUAUAUAUAUAUAUAAAAAUGCACUCUCACUCCAAUCAACAACUCAAGGGUGCUUAGGAAAAACACCUAAUAAGUACACAGUGAGUGCUGGGUCCAGUGUGCUCUAUAUAUAUAUAAUUUAUUUAUAGCAGCUCCAUUACUAACUCGCAUAGGACCUAGCACUUUGUAUGGAAAUGUUUAAUGACGUAUCCGGUGCCUUGCUAAUUAGUGGAAUUAGAAAAAGAAAUUACAUACUCCACAUACCUUGUAAUUACAUACAGCUGUGUGUGUGUAUGUGUAUAUAUGUUUUUAUAUAUAUAUAUGUGUGUGUAAAAUGUUUUGCUGAACAAACACAACAUACAUUAAUGAACUUACUAUCAGUACAGUAUACCACGCGUUUACUGAAUUCACUGUCUGUAAUCAACUUCUCAUGUCUGUUGUUACUGUUAAAUACCAAAUAUGUGUAACAGAAUUGCAGUCAGUAGUGACACGCGAAAUGCGUUGAUGCAUAGUACUGUAUAAAUAGCUAUUGCUGAUACAAGCAUUUACCUUCAUUCUUCUUUACCAUGAGCUGUAAUUUGCACCUGAUUUCUGCAGAUAUUCUGGGAUGACUUAAUGUAUUUAAUGUUAUUUUACUGCACAACCCUGGAAUAAUUUAGUGUCUGCAAAGGCCACUGCGUGUUACAAAACUAACAACUUCUGUAAAUCCUCAAAGGAAUAACCAAGUGCCAGAUUUGUUGUUAAAUAAACUAUACCUCACUGAUA